AUGGUACAUGGAUGUCAGCAACUUGGAGAUAAAGUUGAAAUUGAGUUCCAAGCGUUUCGUCUGCAACAGUUCGAACUAAGUGGCAACGUUAUAGGGAGCAAGAAUUUCCGAUUUCAAUACGAGGCUGUCUCUUUGAAUUCGAGUGCGCUGAGGAGAUGCAUAGUAACCUCAUGGCGAGAGUUGAUUGGCCACAAUGUUGACGAACUGCUGGCAAACAGUAUCGGCGCGGUGCUCAUUAUUAUACCAUCAGAUUUGGAUGCACUUUCGCCAACUGACAAGACGCUCUUUACGAAUUUGGAACGCAAACUAGCCACAGCACGCACUGAUCUGGCCGUUUACGUGUGCCAUUCAUCGCCUGAGGCCAACGCCAUUCUAAGCGAUGUCCAGUCAUCUUCUGGCGUUAAAAAUUUGGCAGUCCAGCAACUUAUGAGUUCUAUUGCUGCGAAUACUUUCCAGUUCACAUCAGCAGGGUCACCAUCAAUGAAUGCUCUGACUUACAAGCCCAACAAUAUCAUUGGCAUUGCUGUAGGAGCGGACUCGAAUGGGAGCGGUGUAGUAGUUUUGCUGGAACUACUUGCUAUAUUCCGGAAGUUUUAUGAAAAGGCUUCUACCAGGCCCUCAUUCAAUCUAGUUUUCGUAUGGACGGCUGCGGGGAAAUACAACUACCAGGGAACGAGGCAAUUUAUCGAAGAUUUACAGAGUGAUAAUUCAGAGGACAAUCAUCUAGAACUAGCCAUCUGUGUAGAAGCACUUGGUGGAACGGGUCCACUAUACAUGCAUGCGUCAAAACAGCCUGCAGAGGGAUCUGCUGCUGAUCGUCUUUUACGUCGUCUUCGUCUCGCAGCGCCAAAUCAUAUCGUAGAACUAGUCACAAAGAAGAUAAGUGUGAACCAACCGUCAUCAUGGGAGCACGAAAAAUUCAACAUAAAGCGCUUACCAGCUGUCACAUUGUCUCGUUUGUCUGCUCACGAUGAUCCAAUUAGGAAAUCGAUGUUAGAUACCGUCGGACAACUGAGCAUGGAAUCAUUGGAACAAAACAUUCGUACGAUUGCCGAGGCUGUACUUGGACACAUGCUGUCUUUGCCCGAAACUGGUUACUCUUCUGAUCCGCGUGUCUCAGCUGAUACAUCACUGUUAUCACGAGAUGCCGUUGAUCGACAGAGAUUGGCCCAUUCGAUUCGACUUUUCGGGUCUCGACCACGACCAGUUGCUGAUGAGGCCGCGACGGUUGCAUGUGCGGCAAAUUUAGCAGUAGCUGUAGGAAACUACGCCAAGGUCACAGUAUCAUCCGUCUCAAUGCAUGAAGUACAGAUUUGGCCUGGAACGUCAGAUCGCUUGAUGGCAGAGCGUGUCAAACCAGCUGUUUUUGAUCUCAUCAUCGCUGGUGGUGUAUUCUCUUACCUCGUCGUAUUUUAUUAUAUGAUCAACAAAGCCCAGAGUACGCUCGAAAUUGCUAUGCUCAAAUUACGGAAACGACUAUAA